UUUUGAGGAGGGCGGGAGCUUCAUGUCCGCGGCCUGUCCUGUAACCUGCCCUGUAACACACACCUCCUCAGCACCAACGGACCCUCAACGAACGCAAACAACACCGCACCGAAGCAGGCCUCGCUGCGGCCCGGCCGCGCACGUAGUGCCGCCGGAGGAAGGCGGUGCUUGGCCGGGGCGCCCCGCCCGGCCCGGGAAGUGAAACCGAAAUGCGCAGCGGGGAGGGCGGGGAAGGCGUUUCUGCGGUCUCGUUGCUAUUCCGAUCGCCGUGCUAAUGUCCCAUGGGCCGAGAAGGGGACGGGAGGAAGGGGAGGAGGGAGCGGCGAGGGGCAGCCAGGCGCGGCACGGGAGCUUCCAGGAGUCCGUGUCCGGCGGCGGCAGGAGUCAGGGCCGGCAUGAGAGGAAGAGGAAGAAAGAGGAGGCGCAGCAGCUCCAGAAGCUCCAGCACCUGGAGUCAUUCUAUGAGAAACCUCCCCCGGGGCUAAUUAAGGAGGAUGAAACAAAGCCAGAAGACUGCAUACCUGAUGUUCCAGGCAAUGAAAGUGCACGAGAAUUCCUGGCACAUGCCCCAACAAAAGGGCUUUGGAUGCCAUUGGGAAAAGAAGUCAAAGUUAUGCAGUGUUGGAGGUGUAAACGCUAUGGACACAGAACAGGGGAUAAAGAAUGCCCAUUCUUUAUUAAAGGCAAUCAGAAACUGGAACAAUUUAGAGUAGCACAUGAAGAUCCAAUGUAUGAUAUCAUAAGGGAAACUAAACGUCAUGAAAAAGAAAUGAGGAUACAGCAGCUGAAGCAGCUCCUUGAGGAUUCCACCUCGGAUGAUGAUAGCAGUGAUGACAGUGAUGAUGAUGACAGUGAAGAUAGCAGCAGCUCCACUUCCUCACAUAAACACAAGAAAAAAAAGAGAAAGAAGGAAAAGAAGAAAAAAGAAAAGAAGAAGAAGAAAAAGAGAAAGCAUAAAUAAUCUAAAUCUAAUGAGAAUGACUGGUACUACUAAUACUACAAUACCUACUGUAUGCUCAUUGACCCCCCUGCCUCCCUUCCACUUGUGAACUGUCUGGAAAGAUCCAAAGAAUUAGGAAGAAACUACCAAAAGGAGCUUUUUUAAACGGAGACUGUACAGAUGGAUACAUUUAGCAUCCUCCACUGGCUCUUUUUUUUUCUCCCCUUCUGCAGUGAUGUAGCCAGAAAAAGGAGAGCUGCACUGAACUAUACGCAACCAUAUAUCUCUUUUGUACCAUAAAACUUGUGCAAACCAUCAUCCAACUUGGUCAAAUUACUAUGUGACUGCCAGCAGAAAACCAUCACUACCAUGAUGGAAGAACUCAGCAGACUGUCUGCUGAAGCAUGUUUUCACCAUGCAGACAUGUAAUUAUAUACAAAGCCUCAUUGCAAGGGAGCUGCAGGUUGCAUUGGGUUGGCAGUUCACUGUAUUUUUUUUUCUGCAUACUGCCUAUAAGUUGAAGUCCACUGUACUUACCAUUUGCAGCUGGUGAAAUAAUGAACACUGCUGAAGGGGGAAUAAGUUAAUCAAGGGAAUUGAAGACAAAAGUGGAGUGAAAGCAAGACUUUUUUUUUUUUUUUUGCUAGCAAAAACUCAAUGUGAUUGCAGUAGGCACAGUUCUAUAAUAUACAGAGCAUUCUGUAACCUGUGAGGUUGUGAGCCAGGUGUGAUGAUGCUAGAUGCCAAUUUUAACUGUUAGGAGUUGGUUUUGAUUAUUUCAAAAAGGGAGUGGUGGUUCAUGUUGGAAAUGAGAAAGAUGCAUUUCUACAUAUACUUCAGUAUCAGUUGUUUUGAUACAUUUGAUUUUAUUUUUCUUUCCUUUUAAAAAGGCUUGAGGAAGUGAAUUCCAACUUACGUUGUGUAUUUACUAGAAUUAUUUCAGGUGGUAAUAUUAUAUGAAUCAUCCCACAAGAAUAUAAAUGUCUAAGGAACUUUCCAAACAUGUUUGUAAGCUACAGAAUGGUAGCAAAGAACAUAUAAGCAGGAAGAAGGGAAGAGGUAUACUCUAAUGAUGACUACACUGACUACAAGUGAUGACUAUGCUGACUACAAGUUCUUUCCUUUAAGCGAUGUUCCAAGAUAAACGUGACUAGAACAACUGAGAUUGUGAUAAGCUGUUAGAGUAAAUUCUCUCUUUUUGAAAGAGAUAAACGUACAACAGUACGGAGCUGUGACUUGAAGACCUAAAUACUUACUGGUGCUCUGCAAAAGAAAAGACAGAAUUGCUUUGAAUGGGGUAGAUCAUAUCUGAUCUCAUUCAGAACGUAGUCUCUGUAUUUAUGCUCAUAUUAAAGUAUGAUGAACAUCAGUAACCAGUGCCAGCAAAAUCAA